AUGGUGGCGGUUUGCACAAGUUGGGUCGUUCUCUUUAUCAAACAUGGUUUAGAGCCUUCCAAUUCACCUGUUUUAGGAGAUGGUAAAGGAAUUGCCCAAAUUUUAGGAAAUAUAGUAUUUAACUAUGCAUAUAUCACAACUUUACCUAGUUGGGUAAAUGAAUCUAAAUCAAAUGUUAAUAUUAAAAAGACAAUUUGGGCAUCUUCAGGAUUUUCAACAUUCUUAUUUAUUGUAGUUGGCUUGUUAGGUAGUUUGGCAUUUGGAAAUAUGCCAUCUAAUUCCGAUAUCCUGAGUGUUAUCAAUUCAUCACCAGAGGCAAAUAUUUUCACCAAGAUCUCGGUCUAUGCAUUCCCAUUUGCAGUCCUGACAGCAUCCAUCCCUGUAUUCUCUAUCAUUGUUAAAUACAAUCUACUUCAAACAAAGCUGCCAAAGUUUGGUGCCAUUCUAUUAGCAAUCUUUCUGCCUUGGAUCAUUGUUAUACCGUUUAUGACCGGAGACAGACUUCUCUACAUUUCAAACUAUGCCAGUUUAUUUUUUAGUUCCGCCUCCAACUUUAUCAUUCCGCUUCUGAUCUAUCUAAAGUCAGUUCAAUUCCGAAAGAAUGGAAGAACAAUGACCGACCACCAAAAACAAAUACUCAAAGAGGCAGGAAUAGAUCCAAUACUUUUGGAACAACCAAUGUCACCAUCAUCUUCAGUGGAACUCGAGGAAUUGCAAUUGAUUUACCGAGUGUUCCCAAGAUUGGAUCUGGAAAAGUGUAAGCGCGUUGCAAUUGCCUGUAUAACAUUACUUGGAUUUAUUAUUCCAAUAGUUAUUAUUACAACUUUUGUUUUUCAAUAUGCAACCUAA